AUGGCAGAUUCCGGGAAAAAACAAGUUGGAGAAUCAUCAAUAUCCCAAAAAGGAUCAAAAAGGAAAGGGCAGGGCCAGAGGCACUCUGUGGAGGCAACUCAAAAACUUGAAGCAUUUUUCAAGAAAUGUCGAUUUCCAGAUGAGGACCAGCGAAAUCAACUGGCUAUUGAAGCAGGGCUUGACCCUGAUCAGAUCAAGGGUUGGUUUCAAAAUAAAAGGACUCAAACAAAGACAAAAAAUGAGAGAUCAGACAACCAGAAUUUUCAAAACGAAAAUGAAAAAUUCCGUCGUGAGUUUAUUGAAAUGAAAGAGGCAAUGGAAAAUAAUAUGCGCUCAAAAUGUGAUGGUCCACUCAUUGGAGAAGAAGAGAGGGCAGGAAAUAUAGAAAAAUUGAAGAUAAACAUGCAAAGGUUGAGAGAGGAGCGUAAAAGAAUAAUAUCAAAUAUCAUCUCAAGUUAUCAUGAAAAGUCUUUUGUGAUGGAUUCAACUUUGGCACCACCAAAUUCUACUCUUGGAUCUUUGACAAAUUCGUCUGAUGAAUGUUUGUUGAGGCAAACUAUAGGUGGCUCUCCCAUUGGAUAUAAUUCUUCUUUUCAUCCAGAAAAUAAUAAUGACAAUAAUAAUGUUCGAGCACAUUCAAUAAAUAUUAAAAAUAUCCCAAUAAUAUCCCAAUUAGAACAAGAAAAUUAUGGGUUUCAUCAUGAUAAUAAUGGGGAGAAAUCAGUUAUUUUUGAGAUAGUUGUUCCUGCUAUCAAUGAAAUGCUUGGACUUGUGUAUGUGAAUGAACCACUUUGGGUAAAAUCAUCAGUUGAUGAGGGGUGGCUUAUUCAUCGUGAGAGUUAUGAUAGAACAUUUCCAAAUUCAAAUCGACCUUAUAAAUCAUCAACUGCUCGAAUUGAAUCAUCAAGGAGUUUUGGAGUUGUGCCAAUGACUGCAAUUGAUUUGAUAAAAAAUUUCCGUGAUCCGAGCAAAUGGAUGAACAUGUUUCCUACUAUAGUCACAAAAGCUAGGAUUGUUGAUGUUCUUGAUUCUGGGAAUACAGAAGUCUCUAUACAAUUAAUGUAUGAAAAGUUACAUAUUUUAUCUCCUCUAGUGGAAGCUAGAGAUUUUGUCUUCAUACGUUGUUGUAAACAACUUGAUCAAACAACAUGGAUAAUGGUGGAUGUUUCUUAUGAUUUAUUCAAAGAGAUUAAAACUUGUGCACCUUCUUAUGCUUGGAAGUUUCCUUCUGGUUGUGUAAUUCAAGAUACAGGUGAUGGCAAAAGUAUGGUUGCAUGGAUUGAACAUGUCCAAAUAGAUGAAAAAUGUCAGGUGAAUCAUAUCUUUAGAGACUUGUUAUGUGGACGUCAAACAUAUGGAGCUGAAAGAUGGAUUGUUACACUUCAAAGGAUGUCUGAGAGAUAUAAUUUUGCAAUGCCUGUAACAUAUGCUACUACGGAUGAUUCCCAAGGAGUUAAUAUUAAUUUUUGCUUUUUUAAUGAUAUUUCAGAAGGGGUGAAAAAUGUGAUGAACCUAUCUCAAAGAAUGGUGAAGAGUUUUUGUGAAACUCUAAGCAUGACAGAGAAAUUAGGUUUUUCAACUUCAUCACAUUUGAAUAAUGAAGAUAGAGUUUCUAUAAGAAAAAAUGAAGAAAUUACCCAACCGAAAGGCUUCAUUGCUACUGCUGCUACUUCCCUGUGGGUUCCUCUUUCAUUUGAAACUAUUUUUAAUCUCCUCAAAGAUAACAACACAAGAUGUCAGUGGGAUGCUUUAUCUGGUGGAAAUAAUGUUACUGAGAGGGAUCGAGUACUUACGGGAACUUGUUCAAAAAAUUGUAUUACAUUCAUUCAGGUAUUUCCUAUGCCAAUAGGGAACAACAUGUUAGUUCUUCAAGAGUCAAGCAUCGAUAAAAUGGGAGCUUUUUUAAUCUAUGGACCAAUAGAUUCAACAACAUACACUUCAUUUCUCAAUGGAGUCGAUGGGGAAAAAGUUGUCAUUUUGCCUUCAGGUAUCAUCAUAAGUCCUGAUGGUCGCCUCGCCUCAGACAUGAACAGUAAUGGAAAUGCACAAAAUGGAUCAAUCUUGACAGUGGCUUUUCAAAAGUUGAUUUGUGCUAAUAAUUCAAUCUCCCAGGACCAACAUAUGGAGGCAAUGGUUUAUAUUCAAAGCCUUUUGAGCUCUACAGUUUCAAAAAUCAAAGCAACAUUGGGUUGCUCUGAUUAA